AUGAAAAACUCGGGUUCCUUGAUCGUCUGCUUGAACGCCGGGCGCGCGACCGCGGCUUCGUACGCGGCUUUCUUGGACGCCAAGUACAACGACGGGAAGCUCCACAGCCGCGACAGCCCCGAGCGCGCGGCGUUGGCGCAGCUGGCCCAAGCCAAGAUUGAGGCUGGCCCGUUUUUCGCCCUUCUUCUCAACCAAGACCCGGCCAAGAAGGACAAGCUCGAGGCCAACCUACGCGAUUCGCUUGGCGAGCUCGAGAAGAUCUACCGCGACCACGCGGCCGACUUUCGCGCCGACGGCCCGUAUCUUCUCGGCGCCGACCUCAGCAGCGCCGAGAUCAGCAUCGUGCCGUUCCUCUUCCACUUCAAGCACGUUCUUGGUCACUACCGCGACUUUGACGUGACCAAGGGCUUUCCGCUUCUCACGGCGGCGUACGAAGCCGCGAUCGCACGCCCGGCGUUCAAGCGCUCGGCGCGCGACCCCGAGUACUACAUCCAUGCGUAUGCCACGUACGCCAACCCGUGAACAAGUAGUACUCCUGUGACGACUCGCUAGUCGCUGUAGUAUUUGGAUGACUAAACCACCAACAUGUUUCACAUUCAUCUCAAA